AAGCAUCCUUAGUGAUUCUUGCAAAUCCAUGGCUCCUUUCAGCAGCUCUUUCCCUAUCUCAACUGAAUAAGUAUCAAUGUUGUGGCCAUUAGAGCAAGCUCUCAAGAUCUGAUUCAAUCGUUGUGCCCCUUUGGAAAUCUCUCGGAUAUGGUGAUUAGAUAGCGCUGGAAGAUGGCUGGAAGAAGAGAAGUGGAUGUCUAUGUUACUUGCUUUCUGCAUGUUUCCCCAGUCCACUGAUCUUCUGCUAAUUUGAUGCAGGAAAUUCAGCAUUGACCUGCUCCCAGGUGCAUCCAUUCUCCCGAGUUUUGCUCCGUUCUCAAUAGCAAAAGUUAGCGCCAUGUCCUAAUGCCUGCCUGUGGAAAUGGAUUAAGAACAGCUCAAGUUUCAAGUGACUGAAGGAACCAAUUGUUGCUUACCUGAAGCAACUGGUCUUGAACCUCUGGAGUUCUGAUGAUGAUGAGAGGCAGCCAUCCGCUCCUUCCGGACUCGGAGAUCAUCCAACAGCUUCUGAGCAAAAUCCGAUCUCUUCGCCAUGUUUUCGCUUCUCGACUGGAGAAUGAGAGUUCCCCACAAGAAUCUCAGACAGAAGGUAUCAUGAACUGUGAGCUUAUUAAUAUUAGUGACCCGUGGCCGGCUUGAUUAGGCGGAGAACUAUGGAGGAGAAUGCCAGCAAAUUUUAAAGAGAUCUACCUCUUUGCUCCCGUUCGCGAUUGGACGGGAGGAUUCGGCUUCGAUGGUAGCUCUGUGGGCGAUUUGCCCUCGAUGCUUGGUUGCUCCCACGGAUCCGCAGAUAUCGACCUCUUGAGUAUCGUGUAUCAGCUCUGCUUCUAUGCAGGGAGUUGGAGCUUGGAGGGAGACGAUAUGAACUUCCAUCAUGGUGAGAUGAGGGUGUGUUCUUCAGCUAGCAGCCCGUCCGCUUAUGAUCUGAUGAUUGGUGACGUAUUUUGCCAGCUUGAAUUGAGCUAG